CCCCGGCUCCACGGCGUCCCAUGUCGCAGUUUACUCGCCGUUCCGCGUUCUCGAGUUGUAAUAAGGCCCUGUCAAGUUUUGAACUAAAACCCCGCACUCGACUCGAUCGACAUACCGAUUUACUGGUGUCCGUCCGGCUGUGCUGCUGCUACUGGCUGCUGGCUGCGCGGCCACUUCAUCUCAGGAUCCAACCAACCAUGAACCCCUGGCAUGGCACUUCCUCUCUCUCGUUUUCCCGUCGCCUUGGCCUGCCGUUUGCCUUUGCCUUUUGUCUUUCCUUGCCUGGCCUUGCCUGGCCUUGCCUUGCCUCUCUGGUAUUCCAACCCCCCCCCCUUUUCGCCUCCAUUUUGGACUGCUAUGUACACCCGGCUGAGCCGUGCACACCACCACUUACACACACCUCCCUCUUCUCUGUGUGUCUCUCUCCCUCUCGAACCGCAACCACUACGGACAGACCAGGGGUCCAAGGCUCCGAGAAGGGCUGGCCUGCUUGUUGAAAGAGCAGAGAUGAGGGUCGAGGGUCGAGGGUGGGCGAGGAGGGAAAUUGUCUAUAAGUGUGGCCUCUCUCCUCCGUCUUUUUCUGUUUCUUCCCCUUCUUGCUCUUCAUCAACUCACUCGCCUCUCCAUCUCUUCAACUCAAGACGAAAACAUUCACACCAAAGGCCUCAUACACAACUUACACACACCCAGUAACAAGAACAACAAUAACAACAACAACACCACCACCACCACCAACCGCCAACAUGCCCGUCGCUCCCUCCUGCUGCAAGUGCGGAAGCAUGAUCGUCAUCAGCAACUCGUGCCCGUCCUGCGGCCACCACGAGUGCCGAACCUGCCUCUAAGUGAAGGGUUCACGAUGAGAUUGAAUCGCGGCCAAGGAAACGGAAAAGACAAUGUUGAGAGGAUGGAAAAAAUCCUUCAUGUCUUCUGCGGUACAUUACACCGAGAGAGGCUCCGAGAAAAACCCAUCAACACCAUUUAAACAAAUGGAUUAAAAAAAAAAGCCAAACCCAUUACACAACCCAAACCGAAAACCCAGGCUGGUCAAAGGCCCACCCACACAUACAAACACACGCCACUCACCCCAAGCCGAUGCAUUCCGAGCCCUCAUCCGCACCUCUUACCACCGAAGAAGAUCCUUUUAAAUCCGUGAGGCUGUGAGGCUCCGACGAGAAUUUCCCGGCAACCCACAUCAUCGAAAAUCUUCCACGGUAGACGGACAACGCCGUACCGCGAUGACCGGGUUGGUGGCGACGUGCUGCGACGGGUUCAAACUACCCCUCCCUGGCUCGGACUUUUUCCUUCCUUGGGCGUACGGAAUUGCUGCCGGUGUUCACAAAGUUUUUUUUACUCUUUUUUUGUUUUUGUUUUUUGGCGACCGAUACCCCCCAUACCCACGGUUGUUUUUGUCACCUUUUUCAUUUUUUCCCUCGCUUGGGAUCCAACUUUUCUCCCCCAAGCACGGGCGUCGGUACGAAAGGUUAACGACGCGGACGGACCGAUUCUGGGGAGACGGAAUGCUCGGAAGGGGGAACAUGUUGACUGGCGCUGGUU